CCUUGAACGCAGCCCUGUUUGCUCCGGAAGUGUUUUUUUCAUUGUGUGUUGUUAUUGUGAGUGAAGUGAGCAUGAAGUGAGCAUGGACUUCUAUCUUAUCAAGAGAAGAGGUUGAUUUAGCUGAAACCUACUUAUGAUGAACUUUGACGGUCUCGACGCCGGCAUGGGGGACUACCCACCCAGGCUUCACGGGACACUGGACGCGGGGAUGGAGCCCUCCAUGGACCCCCACCUAAACCCCAGUUUGAUGCAGGGUGUGGAGCUCGACCCGGAGGGACUCUCUGGGACGGGGACCGAGCCCGUGCACCUUAUGGAGGGGAUGUUUUCAGAACUACACAGUGCGGUUUCUGAAGUUGGCAUCCCCGUCACAGCAACACAUUUUGAUCUCCAGGAGGAAAUGCUCUGGAUGGGAAACCACAGAGGUCAUGUAACCUCCUUCUUUGGACCUACGAUGGGCCGACAUUCUUCUUUCCAGGCGCAUGCAUCAGACGACAUUCGACACAUUCAGAGUUUGGAAACGGGCGUCCUGUUCCUUUCGAAGUCUAACCUCAAAUGCCACACUCGUGGCGGCCUUGUAAUGUUUGAUUACCCGAUGGACGAAGGAGCCGAUAUGCACAGUCUCCUUAUGACUGAUAACAACACCUUGCUCAUGGGUGGAUUACAAAACUAUGCGGUUGAACUUGACUUGAAUACUGUUCAAGAAACCCAAAAGUUCAGUGUUAAUUUGCCUGGGGUGGCGAUAAUGCGCCAAACGGGUCGUUACUUCUACUGUGGCCACACUUCUGGCAAGAUCACCCUUCGGGACUUGCGCAGCUUCAAAACAGAGCACGAGUUUGACGCCUUCUCUGGCAGCCUUUCAGACUUUGACGUUCAUGGAAACCUGCUGGCUGCGUGCGGGUUUUCCAGCCGAGGAAUGAAUGGGUUGGCAUGCGACCGGUUCCUCAUGGUCUAUGACCUCCGUAUGAUGCGAGCAGUGACGCCGCUUCAGGUGCACGUGGACCCGUUGUUCCUGCGGUUCAUUCCCACCUACACAUCACGCCUGGCAAUCAUCUCACAGACUGGUCAGUGCCAGUUCUGUGAGCCCACCGGUCUCGCCAAUAUGGCGGACAUUUUUCACGUCAACACCGUAGGACAACUGCUCAUGAGUUUCGACGUAUCGUCCAGCAAACAAGCCCUGGCCUUCGGGGACUCGGGUGGAUGCGUGCACCUGUGGUCUGAUGCUCCGGAGGUGUCAUUUAAUGACUACUCCAGGGAGACGGAUUUUGCUCUGCCUUGCCUUGUGGACACGCUGCCUCAGUUGGACUGGAACCACGAUCUGCUGCCGCUCUCGAUUAUACCCAUGCCGCUCACCAGCACCGAGCAUCUGCUGUCGGAGUGGUCCACUGCAAUGGCUACACCCAGCCCGAGACGAGCUCCUCCUGUGGACCCGGAAAUCCUGCGCACUAUAAAAACAGUUGGGUUUAUUGGUUAUGCGGCAAAUCCUCGCACCCGUCCUCGGAACCAGGUUCCUUACAAAAUUAAAGACGUGGAGCUGGAUUAUGAUAAUUACAACCAGGUCCCUGAAUCUCCAAUUGGACGUGAUGAAGAGCCACACCUUUACAUGGUCCCCAAAAAGUACCGAAAGGUCACAAUUAAAUACUCUAAACUUGGAUUGGAGGACUUUGACUUCAAACAUUACAACAGGACCUUGUUUGCUGGUCUGGAGCCUCACAUUCCCAAUGCUUACUGCAACUGCAUGAUUCAGGUACUAUAUUUCCUGGAGCCAAUCCGGUACCUGGUGCAGAAUCAUUUGUGCCAGAAGGAGUUUUGCUUGGCCUGUGAGCUUGGCUUCCUUUUCCACAUGUUGGAUCUGUCACGCGGAGACCCGUGUCAGGCCAGUAACUUCCUCCGAGCGUUUCGUACCAUCCCAGAGGCCUCGGCGCUGGGUCUGAUCCUCGCCGACUCAGACGAGCAAACGGGGAAGGCGCGACUCGGCCGCUUAAUCCAGAGCUGGAACCGCUUCAUUCUUACCCAGCUGCACCAGGAGACGCAGGAGCAGGAGGGCCCGCAGGCCUACAGGGGAGCCAGCAGCAGUACUCUGGGAUCUUCUGGUGAGUCCGCCAUCGGGAAACUAUUUGGAUGUGAGGUGGAGAACAGCAGCCUGUGUCGCUGUGGCAAGGAGACGGUCCGCUCCUCCCUCUCGCUGCUCUUCACCAUGCAUUACCCCGAGCAGAACUCUCAAGAAAAGACAGUGAAAGAAUAUGACUUUGCUGAGAUCUUGAAGAAAAGCAUCUGUCUGGAGCAGAGCACCCAGGCGUGGUGUGAAAACUGUGAGAAGUAUCAACCCACAGUGCAGACACGCAACAUCCGAUGUCUCCCAGAUGUUCUGGUCAUCAACUGCGAAGUGAACAGUGCUAAAGAGGCGGAAUUCUGGAAGGUUCAGGCGGAGUACGCCUUCAAUAAGGCCAUCAAGAAAGAAGCCAUGGAACCUCCAAAACCUAAAGAGCCGCCCCUGCCAAUGCCCACCGAGUGGUGCUUGGACGGGGAGGGCGUUUGCAGUAUGGAGGGCAUCACCUUUGACACGCGAGCGGAGGAUCUGCGACACGUGUGGAUCCCCCUGAGUCUCAAGAUGUCCAUCAGCAAAAGCCAGGGACUGGAAAUCAGCAGCUGGCCUGAAGGAGAGGAGCUAAGUUCCGCUGAGGAGGAGGAGGAGGGCGCGUCGGUCUACGACUUGGUGGUCACUGUGCCGCACAUCCUGGACGCUCGCACGGGUGGAAACUUGGUUGCACACAUCAAAGUAGGAGAGACCUACCAUCAAAGAAAAGAGGGAGUCACACAUCAGCAAUGGUACCUCUUCAACGACUUCUUAAUCGAGCCAAUUGACAAGACCGAAGCUGCCCAGUUUGAUGUGAGCUGGAAGGUGCCAGGCAUUCUGUAUUAUGCCAAGAGGAACUACCACACCAAAUACGACCUGCGCAUUAAAAACCCCAUAGAUGCCAGCGUACUGCUGACGGAGGCCUCGCUGGCUCGGAAGCAGAGGAAGAGUCACGCCACCUUCAUCCCCCUCAUGGUCAGCGAGAUGCCGCAGGCCGGGGACUUGGUGGGGCUGGACGCUGAGUUUGUCACGCUCAACCAGGAAGAGGCGGAGCUUCGCAGUGACGGCACCAAGUCGACCAUCAAGCCCAGUCAGAUGUCCGUGGCCAGGAUCACCUGCGUGAGGGGUCAGGGGCCCAACGAGGGGGUCCCUUUCAUCGAUGACUACAUAUCGACUCAGGAGCAGGUGGUCGACUAUUUGACUCAAUAUUCUGGCAUCAAACCAGGAGACCUGGAUGCAAAGAUCUCUUCGAAGCAUUUGACCACGCUGAAGUCCACUUACUUGAAGCUGCGCUUCCUCAUCGACACCGGAGUUCGCUUCGUUGGUCACGGUCUACAGAAGGACUUUCGGGUUAUUAAUUUAUUGGUUUUGAAGGACCAAGUCGUCGACACGGUCUACCUGUUCCAUUUACCUCGCAAAAGGAUGAUUUCUCUGAGAUUCCUCGCCUGGUACUUCCUAGAGCUCAACAUCCAGGGGGAAACCCACGACAGCAUAGAGGAUGCACGCACCGCCCUGCAGCUAUACAGGAAGUACCUGGAGCUGAGUCGCGGAGGGGGGAACGACGAAGUGAGGAAGGUGCUUAAGGGACUCUACGAAAAGGGUCGCCAGCUGGACUGGAAAGUUCCAGAGUCGGACACAGGAGACGGUCGAGGUAGCCCAAAAAGUGCUGCUGUGUUUCCCUCUGGGAUGGGGCUGUGAGCUGCACCGUGACCUUUUCCCACUGAAGAGUUUUGAUUGACAUCUGCUAGUCAGAUUUUAUACUUAUUUGCAUUUUAUUUGCGCAUUGCGCACAUUGUACAUGAAGGUCUUCGUUUGCAGUCCACUUCAGCUCGGUGACUAAGCAGUUUUAAUCAUGUAAGAAGUAGUACCUUUCGUCCAGGAAAUGGUUUUGGAAAAAUAAAAAUUUGUAUCGUAUGCUUUUUUUAAAAAAACAAACAGAAUGCAACAUGUUGUUUUGGUGCAUGUAAAUAAAUGAACGUAUCAUGAGCACUA